AUGACAAAUUACCUGCGGCGUUGCACGUCAACGCGCACUUGCUUUCUACUUGAAAGACAUAGCAACUACAAGCAUUACAAGUUUCCAGAACUACCUUUACAAUAUGGUUGCUUCUCACAUACCGCACAGAAUUUUCGAAAACAUUAUGAAACACUUGAAGUAGCACCAGACGCGACCCAAAAACAAAUCAAGUCACAAUUCUACAAGCUAUCGAAAAAAUAUCAUCCAGACAUGAAUCUCGGGGACGAGAAAGCGCACGCGCAGUUUCUCAAAAUCAAUGAAGCGUAUUCAGUGUUGAUUGAUGAUGGUAGUAGGCGAGAGUAUGAUCGAUCUAUUAGGAAUCAUCGACGUACGUUUCGACCUCGAGGGAAUCGGCAAAAUUUUAAUAAUACUAGUAGUGAUAGCUAUCAUAAACAUCAUCAUUAUCGCUAUGGAGAAGGUGCCUCACAAGCAAGUCACUAUUAUAGGCCUAAUGCUCGUAGUAGUGGUAGAAAUAGUGGUAAUGGAAAUGGGUUUCACUUUCACGGACAAAAAAAAUCACCAGAAUUCAAUUUCGAUGAACAUUUUCAAAGACAUUAUGGUCAGGAGUUACGUCACACAGAAAGAGAACGUAAAAAAAAUUUAGAAUUGAUGGAAGAGUAUAGAAAGCAACAUCAGAUACGGAAACUUGGAAAUCUUGUCACAUUUGCAUCUCUGAUUUUUAUAUUCACGUCUGCUUUAACUUUUGCAUCUGCUGAAGGAAGCAAUUAUAAUUCGAAGAAAAUCGAAUAA